AUGUCGAAAGAUGUCCCACGUGAACCCGAGCAGCUUCGCAAACUGUUCAUUGGAGGCCUGAGCUUCGAGACAACAGACGAAAGCUUGCGGGCUCAUUUUGAGCAAUGGGGGAGUCUUACAGAUUGCGUGGUGAUGCGGGAUCCCAACAGCAAGCGAUCCAGGGGCUUUGGCUUUGUAACAUAUUCAUCAGUUCAGGAGGUUGAUGCUGCCAUGUCUGCCCGCCCGCAUAAGGUGGAUGGGAGAGUGGUUGAACCUAAACGUGCAGUUUCAAGAGAGGACUCCAACCGCCCUGGCGCUCAUAUAACUGUGAAAAAGAUCUUUGUUGGGGGCAUCAAAGAGGAUACAGAAGAGUCUCAUCUUAGGGAUUAUUUUGGACAGUUUGGAAAAAUUGAGGUUAUUGAUAUCAUGACUGAUCGCAAUUCUGGGAAAAAGAGGGGUUUUGCCUUCGUUACCUUUGAUGACCACGACUCAGUUGACAGGAUUGUCAUCCAGAAAUACCACACAAUCAACUCGCACAACUGUGAGGUGAGGAAGGCCCUCACCAAACAGGAAAUGCAGAGUGCAGGAAUGGGAAUGAGAGGAGGACGAAGCAGCGGGGGAAGACCAUACGAGUACGACAGAGGUUUCAGUCAAGGUGGCCGGGGCAGAUACGGAGAUGGUCCUUACAAUUGCAACGGGGGUGACGGUGGCUAUGGAGGAGGCCCAGGUGGUCCUGGUGGAUAUAACAACGGUGGAAACCGUGGUUAUAACCAGGGUUACAACCAGGGUGGUGGUGGUGGUGGAGGUUAUGGAGGAAAUGGUUAUGACAGCAACGGUUAUGGCAAUUGUGGUGGUGGUGGUGGUGGCGGUGGCAAUAACUACAACAACAUGGGCCACUAUGACCCCCAGGCUUCUAACUUUGGCCCAAUGAAGAACAACUUUGGUGGUGGAGGUGGUGGUGGAGGUGGCAGGAACUUUGGUGGAUAUGGAGGUGGAUCAAACAAUCCUGGUGGCUAUGGCCGUCCAGGACGAUUUUGA